CAGAUAGUCAGAUUCUCAGUUAAACAUUAGGCUAUUCCGAAUUCCGAAACUCUUUUUCAUACACCUCUCUCUCUCCUCUUUCUAGAUCCGACCACCACCAAAAUGCCGAAAGAAUUCACAAUCCCGCCGGUAAACUUCCCGUCGUCCGGCCCAUCUCCGGCGACCGCCACCCCGAACCCUAACAUGCUCCACCAACGCCAAGUCCCCACCGCACCAUUCCAACCCCAACGCCCCCCUUCCUCCAUCCCUUUCAUGUCCUUCGACAUCGGAUCCGCCACCGCCUCCUCCUCCUCCUCCUCCGCCUUCCCACCACCGCACCUCCGCCACGACAUCCCCUCCUCCUCCUCCUCCGGCGGCCUCUUUUCCGACGAACCCCCUCUCCUUGAAGAACUCGAGAUCAACCCCUCCUUAAUCUGGCGCAAAACUCGCUCUUUACUCAACCCUUUUCGUGUCAACUCAUCUCUCCAUUCAGACCCCGAUCUUUCUGGACCCUUCUUGUACUACAUCGCUUUUGGGUUGUUUCAAUUACUCGCUGGGAAAGUUCAAUUUGGUGUGAUUUUGGGUUGGAUUGCGAUUUCUUCGAUUUUUCUUUACAUGAUCUUGAAUUUUCUUGCUGGGAGAAAUGGGAAUUUGGAUCUUUAUCGUUGUGUUAGUGUUGUUGGGUAUUGUUUGAUGCCUAUUGUUAUCUACUCUGCGGCUUCGUUGUUUCUUCCUCCUACUGGAACUACAGCUGGGUUUGUUGUUGCGGCGGUUUUCGUGAUCUGGGCUACUAGGGUUUGCUCUCGGCUUUUGUCGGUCGAUGAAUUGGGCGCUUCGGAACAUCGUGGGUUGAUUGCUUAUCCUUGUUUCUUGAUUUAUUGUCUCUUUUCUAUGCUUGUUAUGUUUUGAUUAACUCUACUAUUGAAUAUUAUUAGUAGAUAUAUUAAUUAAUUUGGUUGUUGAUGUUAUAUCGAAUUUUGGUAUCGGAAUACAACAAUGUAUGGCUUUUUAGUAUCGCUUUUGUUAUCUAGUAAAUGGAUAUCAUCACACUAGUGCUAAAUUAUUACCGAUUCUUUUGUUGAUUAUGUUUCAGAUUGGUUGAGAAUUGAAGAAACUUUCGUUGUA